UUACAUUUAAACAUCAUCUUGUGUUCAACACAAACAGUUUCUGACAGAUUCAUCAAUGAUCAUCUGCUUCUUCAUCCGUCUGUUACAUUCAUUGAUAUUUCUCAUUAGAUUUAAUUCAUUAUAUGUAUUAAUAAUCCAAUUUGUCGUUUUAUUUUUUUCUGGAAUACAUUAGCCUGAUAUUUUUCUUGUGCAAAACAAAACCUAGCUUAGCCUUUAUAGUUACCUUAUAAACCAUGUGCGUGCUUUAUAUUAAAAAAAUAAAUAAUAAAUUUGGUCGUUUUAAUUAAAUACCUUGCAAAUACUAAGAACAUCAUUAACGCGCGGGUUGCGUUCCGCCGGUCUCGCGCUUCCCUCUCGUGAACACGCUCAGAUGUGCGCGCGCGGCAGAAGAAGACGGACGCGAAACCCGAGACGCGAAUCAAACAUCAAGAAACUCGAUUAAACUCAAUGAAAAUAAAAAUAAAAAUAAUUAAAGUCAUGUGAAUAUAACACACAAUAAGAGAAGUAAACAAAAACUCGACCAAAAAAAAACUAAAGUAAAGAAACGCAGAGAUUUACCUCACAUCAGCUGCUGAGGAGAGAAACGGGUCACGUGUAUAGAAGCCCAUUUCCACAAAAGAAAAAAAAAUUGGACUCUUCACAGGCUGAAGUUGAUGAGUUCUCCCAGUCUGAGUGAUUUGGGUCGGUCAGAGAGAUCAGCGCUGGAUGACAGAAACAACCAGCAGCAGCGAGCGGGAAACAACACCACUUGGAUCAGCAUCCAUAAUGCCGUGAUCUCCGUGUUCCAGCGGAGGGAUCUGGGAGAGAAUGAGCUGUUUGUGCUGAAUGAAGGCGUCAGGCAGCUCCUGAAGACUGAGUUGGGCUCCUUCUUCACAGAGUAUCUGCAGAAUCAGCUGCUGACGAAGGGAAUGGUGAUUCUUCGAGAUAAAAUUCGCUUUUAUGAAGGUCAGAAGCUGCUGGAUUCUCUGGCAGAAACAUGGGACUUCUUCUUCUGUGAUGUUCUGUCCACACUGCAGGCCAUCUUCUACCCCGUACAGGGGAAGGAGCCGUCCGUCCGUCAGCUGGCUCUGCUGCAUUUCAGGAACAUCAUCACUCUGAACACAAAGCUGGAUGAUGCUCUGAGUCGCCCGCGCGCCCGUGUGCCGCCCUCCAUCAUUCAGAUGCUGCUCAUCCUGCAGGGGGUUCACGAGUCUAAAGGCGUGUCGAACGAUUACUUGAAGCUGGAGUCUCUGGUGCAGAAGGUGGUGUCGCCGUAUCUGGGAACACACGGGCUUUUCUCCAGCGACGGCUCCAUCACGCAGUCCUCGUGUGUGCUGGAGAAGCGGCUCUUGAGGCGAUGGCCGCGCUCCAGCGACUCUCCAGCGAAGAACCUCGUGGUUCGCUCAAAGAGCUACAACAUCCCCAUGCUGACGCCGGUGGCCGAAUACGACCCCGAGAGCAUCGCGGCGGCCGGCGUGGGAAUCCGUCGCCAUUCCGUAUGUCAGAUGACCUCCUUCGCAGAAGAGCCCGCAUUCACAGAGGCGCCGCCCAGCCCGCCGACGGACGUCUGUGAAGAUCCGGGCCGUGACGGACGGGUGGAGCGCCAGCCACCGCCUCCGUCUCCACCCAUAUUCCCCGAGCUCGGCCCCGGCGGAGGACAGGAGGCGGGAUCGGAGCGGGACGCAUCCUCCCUCCCGAGCUGCUCCUCCAGUCCAGAGACCAUCGUGGAUCAGAUCCUGGAGUCUCUGGACUCGGACACCGAGGGAAUAUUCAUCGACUUCCGCCGACAGCGUUCCAGCUCGUCUGAUUUCAGCCGGGAGAGUGAGAGCGUGGCGUGACCCUUGACCUCCUGACAACACGCCACUGAAGAAAGAUUGUUGAAUUAUGGGCCUUUGUUUCUUGAGUGUGUUCAGAAUAGCAGACUACCAUACUACUGUAGUUCUGCCGUCUCACUCAUGUUGUGUUCAGGUCAUUUUUCUCAGUUUUGGAGUGAAUUUUUUCACUGGAGCUUAUUGACCUCAAAGAACUGAGGCGCAUGAGCUCACAUGAUCAGUCAGAUCCAAAAAGAAACACAAAACCUGUGCCAACCGAAAGGAAACGAGUUGAUUUGGCGAACACACAUCAUAAUGAGAGAUUUAUAAGCAAUUUUUUGUAGGCCAGUCAUUUUUGACCCAGAACACCACAAGUGUUACAAGGUGGAAAAAACACCCCAAAAAAGUAAAAAUUAAUCAAAAUUGUUUAGGGAAGUUUGUGAUAGUUUUCAGUCCAAAUCAAUAACAUUAACAGAUCCUCCUUGAUUCUGAUUUAACAGUCUGUGUGACGAUUUUCCGCUAAAUUGGAUUAAUUGUGCAAAGUGACUCUUGUAUUUCCAAGAUGAUGAAAGACUCUAAAGUUCACGGAUCUAAUGGACUAAUGAACACAACUGUAACGAUUCAAAAAGUUCAAUAUUUAUGGGAUUAAAUAAUUGUAAAUAAUUUUAUUCAGUGGCACUAGUCUUAAAGUAUUUUUCAAUAAAACAUUACUUCAGAAAAGACAAGAAUAGAGUCAGUAACAAAAAUGAAAAACAGAAAUUUGAAGCAAUAAAGGGAACAAAAAGUGCUUGAAGUUUUUCCUAGAAUGUCAUUAAAGCUGCUGACGUUGUCCAGACGAGAGCAGCGAUUUCCUCUUUUCCCUGUCCAGUUGAGAUUUAUUAAAGGGUUCGUUCACCCAAAAAUGAAAAUUCUGUCAUCAUUUACUCGUAUUGGCUUCAUUUACACGGCUAGAUCUGAUCAGGCACAGAUGCGUUCUGAUGCUUCAUGUUUACGGUCCGUAUGAAACGAGUGUCUGCGUUCACUCGCGUCACGUGUCACGAUCAGAGCGAUUGAUUCGGCACUAGCUGAGACUUACACGUAUGUUUGUAUCAUUUUAGUGUUUUGAUGUCGCUAGCACAGCAUCAGUAUGCUAGUUCUCCAUUCUGAACACGUCUUUCUUUAAUAUUCUUUUGUUUAUUGUUUUUGAGUUUCUCAUGGAACAAGGUACGAACCUCAUGAACAGAUUUAAGUGUUUUGUUUUUUUGCAAAAGUAAUAUCAAUUUUUAAAGACAUUUUUCAGGAGAAACCAUUUCAUUCAUGGAUUCUGCAGCAUGAUUUUUUCAUCAGUUUGUAAACAACAUGAAAGUUUUUGAAAACGUUCACAGUCGUGGAUGUUUUGAAUGACCCUGCCUUAGAUUUUACUGUGCAGAUUACUAUUUUUAUUGCAAUUGUAAUUUUAAGUAAAAGAAUAUUUUACUGGUGAUUUGACCAAGUUUGUCCUUUUUUGCCACUUGAUGUUGGAGUGACGUAGAUCAGUGUUUAAGAGCCGAGGCUGGAGUUUCUGCCCUCAGGAGCCGGAAGAGUCCAGCUGAGAUUCUGCUCAGGUCAGUCCAGAUGGUUUCAGGCAGUCAUGCACUAGUUGACACACAAGCAGGCGUUCAGUUUCUGACUGAUGUGUGGGUGAACAGGAACAAUAGCCGUUCUAUUAGACUCCUUCGAGCCCAACAUCUGAUCUACAUGGACACUUCGAGGAACAUUAAUUUAUGGGUAGAUCUUCAUCCGAAACGUUCAGUUCUUCAUUAUACGUGCAGUUUUUAUGAGCCGAGCUCAUGUUAAUGUACACGGAUAGUCAUAAACAGCAGGAGUGUUUCAGGGAACUGGUUUGUUGAAAAAGCUUAACUAACCACAUACAGCACAUUCCUGGUCAGUUAGCAGAUGGUUGAAGCACCUGAUCAGUUUUUAGCUCCUAAAGAAGUUUGAACGGCAACAGACACUUUUCAUGAGAGGUUUAUUUGUACAGUAAGUGACGCCAGAGUCUCGUGAAAUCUGGCUGUACCUUCAUACAAUCAGUGGAAAACUGAGAAAAGAAACCGUGCCGCCAAACGUUUGACAUUCAUAGAAACUAGAAACAGAAGAUUCUCUGAAAAGCAAACAAGACAUUCAAUUUCUCCAUUUCCUCAAAUAGUGUUUCUUUGUAACAGAACAUUUUCCCUCCAUGAACAGAAAUAUGGAUCUAUAUGAAUCAAACCCAAAACAGGCAAAAAUAAAAUCACGACAAAA